AUGUCCUCACUUGAAGAACAACUAGUUAAAAAGAUUCGUUUAAAUUCAGUAGGGUCUGUCCCAUCAAAUUAUGUAAUAAAUAAUAAAGCCAGUUCAGAAGGAAAGAUGACUCGUGAAGGGGAUGUUGGAAUACUGAGUUUGAUCCAACAAUUCCUGGAUUCUGGUGAUAUCAAACAAAGAUACUUUAAGGAUCCAUUGAAACUUGGUGAUUGGGAGGGAAUCAUUUUUAAUUACAUUAAAGUACCACGAUCCGGAGAUCUCAGGAUCUUCAAACAUUGGAUAGAGAAUCAUGAUGCGAAAAAGGCAUUAUAA